GAGAGACUUUAUACAGGCAGUGUAAACGUGGACUCGGCUUCGACUGCAGCGCCAAAAUAACACGAGCAGCCCGUAGCUGAUGAGCGACGCGCACGGAGCACAGUUGCCGCUGCGUUCCUGCGAGAAGCGACGAUGCGCGCGUUUUUACUGUUGCUUUUGACUGUCGGCCGGGGACUUGCGCUCGCAAAAACCACUGGCAGGCCCAAAAAUGCCAUCCUGUUACUGGCUGACGAUGCCGGCUUCGAGAUGCGCUCCUACCUGAACAAAGUAUGCCAGACGCCGAACCUCGAUGCCUUAGCCAAAGACGGCUUGAUCUUCAACAACGCCUACACUUCUGUUAGCAGCUGCUCCCCUAGCCGAGCAUCCUUGCUGAGUGGCCAGCCGAGCCAUCAGAAUGGCAUGUACGGACUACAUCACAAAUACCAUCACUUCAAUUCGUUCGACAGCACGCAGAGCCUACCUAAGAUCUUAAGGCAGAAAAGUAUCCGCACAGGUAUCAUUGGCAAAAAGCACAUUGGCCCGAACAAAGCUUAUCCGUUCGAUUUCGCGCACACCGAGGAAAAUGAAUCGACACUCCAGGUCGGUCGCAACAUCACCAGGAUCAAGAUGCUCGUUCGGGAAUUCCUCUCGCAAAAUACCAGCCAGCCCUUCUUCUUGUACGUGGCGUUCCACGAUCCUCACCGUUGUGGCCACAGCAAUCCGCAAUACGGUAGCUUUUGCGAACGAUUUGGCAACGGUCAACCUGGUAUGGGCACGAUACCUGACUGGAAUCCAAUCUACUAUCAGUGGGAACAAGUCAAACUGCCCUAUCACGUUCAGGAUACUGAGGCAGCUCGUAGAGAUAUCGCUGCUCAGUAUACCACAAUGUCACGUCUUGAUCAGGGUAUUGGAUUGGUAUUGAAAGAACUGGAGAACGCCGGGGUGAAAGAGGACACACUGGUGAUUUACACGUCGGACAAUGGCAUUCCCUUCACUAGUGGCAGAACAAAUCUUUAUGAUCCUGGCAUGGCCGAGCCACUGAUUAUAUCAUCGCCACAUCACAAGUCAAGGCACAACCAGGCCACUUACAGUAUGACUUCAUUGUUAGACAUUACACCAACUCUGUUAGAUUGGUAUGGUUUAACAGCUGAUAGAAAAGUCAGCAAGUACCUUGCAACUCUCACUGGAAAGUCAUUGUUACCUUUAUUAGAGAAAGAACCUAAUGAGGAUAAUACAACUGCUGUCUUUGCAAGUCAAACCCAUCAUGAAGUAACAAUGUAUUACCCAAUGAGGGCUAUUAGAACCAAGAAAUAUAAAUUGAUUCACAACUUGAAUUACAAGAUGCCAUUCCCCAUCGAUCAAGACUUUUAUAUAUCUUCAACAUUCCAAGAUUUAUUAAACAGAACGCGUUUAAAUGAAUCUUUGCGGUGGUACAAGACUGAUUUGAAAAACUACUACUAUAGACCUGAAUGGGAAAUGUAUGACUUAAAGUACGACCCUGAAGAGUUAAAUAAUAUCGCUACAAAGAAAUCUGUGGAACCAAUAUUUGAAGAACUCAAACAGAAGCUUAUGGAUUGGCAGAAAAGGACUCAUGAUCCUUGGCUAUGUUCACCAAACGGUGUACUAGAGCCUUUAGAAGGAGAUAAAAACAAUCUUCAAUGCAUGGCUUUGGAUAAUUUCUAUGAUUAAUAUUUUGUUUUUACAUUAUUAGCUCUAUGUUGCACAUUAAUGUAUAGUUUGAUAUAUACUUGACUUUUUAACUAAUUUAACUGUUAUUAGAUAAUUUUUUACGAAGUAACAUAAUAAAUU